GGCGGGCGGGGCGUCGUCAUCGCCGGGCGGCCGGCGCUGAUGGCGGCGGCGCGGAGCGUCUGAGCGGGCGGGGGCCAUGACCACCGCCCGGCCCCAAUUCAGCAUCGAUGACGCCUUCGAGCUGACCCUGGAGGACACGGGGCCCGGGCCGGAGUCCAGCGGGGUCCCCCGCUUUGGGCCGCUGCACUUCGAGCGCCGGCCCCGGUUCGAAGUGGCUGACGAAGACAAGCCGUCCGGACUGCGCUACCAGAACCUGGAGAAUGAUGAGGAUGGAGCACAGGCGUCUCCAGAGCCAGAUGGGGGAAUCAGCACCAGGGAUUCUGGGCAAACAUCCAUCCGCAGCUCCCAGUGGUCCUUUAGCACCAUCAGCAACACCACCCAGCGCUCCUACAAUGCCUGCUGCAGCUGGACUCAACACCCUUUGAUCCAGAAGAACCGCAGGGUAGUGCUGGCCUCCUUCCUGCUCCUGCUGCUAGGGCUAGUGCUCAUCUUGGUCGGCGUGGGACUGGAGGUGGCCCCCUCUCCAGGUGUCUCCAGCGCCAUCUUCUUCGUGCCGGGCUUCCUGCUGCUGGUCCCGGGAGUGUACCACGUGAUCUUCAUCUACUGCGCGGUCCAGGGCCGCCGGGGCUUCCACUUCUUCUACCUGCCCUACUUCGACAAGUGAGCCGCCGGGGGACCUUCGGACACCUGCGGCCAAGGCCCUGAGCCGCGGCCUCGCGUGGACGGGGCGGGUGCUCCACCGACCGGCGCUCCGCUCCCUCCCCUCACCUCAGGGGAAGAGGCCCUCAGGACCCUGGCAGCCCGGCCCCCUCCGGAGUUGGCUCAGGAAGUUUGGGGCUUGCCGGCCCGGCCUUGGGAACGUUGCCCCUCGCCUGCCCAAUGCUUAACUUAUGCCUGGGCCCACAGGCUGCAGGGUUGGUGGUAUUUUGUGCUAAUAAAAAGGUAAUGA